AUGCCCGCCUUCAAGGUCCUCGGCGGCGCCUGUUUGAGCCGGCGCGUCCGCUUCCUUGCCGUCGCCCUCUUCUUCGUCGUCUCCAUGAUAUUUCUUAGGAACUCGCGACUCGGCAGCGUCGGCGGGUACCUCAACCCCGCCCAGGCAUCACGGCCGCCACAAACCCCGGAAAGCGGGCAUACCGCCGCCGGUGGCGAUGCCGGCAAGCAGACGCAUCAACAGGACAAGGACCAGAAUCCGCCCGCCGCCCACGGCGAGCCCGACACCGCGGCCGACCAGUUGAAGGCCGACGCAGAGGGCGAGGACUCGUACCGCGAUGAGGACGAGGAGCUCGCCAAGCCCGGUAACCCGGCGCACAUGACGCCGCCUGUAGACUGCGUGCCAUUCGAGGAGUGGAUGCGGAAGCGGCCCGGGCCGGCGUCCGAGGGCAGGCGUAAGUUCCCCUCCGUCCGGCCGCCGCCGGAAUGUCGCACAUUCCGCCUGCCCGCCAUGGAUAACCUCAUCACGCGGAUGAAGGAGGUCAUCAAGGACCCGGACAUGUACCGGCUGUUCGAGAAUGCGUAUCCCAUGACGCUCGACAGCAUGGUCAAAUGGCGCGGCUUCGCGAACAAGACGGACGAGGAGACGGGCGAGACGAGGGUCACCGACCAGGAGCUCACCUAUGUCAUCACGGGCGACAUCGACGCCCUGUGGCUGAGGGACAGCGCCGAGCAGAUCAGCCCCUACCUACCCCUCCUCGAGGCGUCCCAGGACAAGGACUCACUCGCGAGCCUCUGGCGCGGCCUCAUCAACGCGCACUCGCGCUACAUCAUCAUCUCGCCGUACUGCCACAGCUUCCAGCCGCCGCCGGAGAGCGGCAUCCCGCCGACCCAAAACGGCGCCUACGUGAACAACAAACCGAUUCCGCCCUACGACCCGCAGCUGGUGUUCGACUGCAAGUGGGAACUGGACUCGCUCGCGUCGUUCCUCAAGAUGUCCGUGUCGUACGCCGAGAAGACGGGCGACUGGCAGUUCUUUUCCAAGUACAGCUGGGUCGAGGCCGUCGAGGCCGCCGUCGACGCCGCGGGAGCCAUGCGGCUGGGCACCUACUCGGCCGAGGGCAAGGUCCAGGACUCGGCCUGGAAGUUCACCGGGUGGACGAACCGCGGCAGCGAGACGCUCACCAACGACGGCCUCGGCAACCCGAGCAAGGAGAACGGCAUGAUCCGCACGGCCUUCCGGCCCUCGGACGACGCGUGCAUCUACCAGUUCCUCGUGCCGGCCAACAUGAUGUGGGCCAAGUACCUCGAGUCGGCGUCCGAGAUCAUGGCCCGGCUCGACGGCGACAAGGCGCGCGAGCUGACGGGCAAGAUGCGCGCGCAGGCGCUCGGGAUCCGGCGGGGCAUCGAUAAGGACGCCAUCGUGCACAAGCCCGGGUUCGGCGACAUCUUCGCCUACGAGGUGGACGGGUACGGCAGCGCGAACCUGAUGGACGACGCCAACGUGCCCUCGCUGCUCGCCAUGCCGCUGUGGAACUUCACCCGGUCGAGCUUCCAGCUGCCCGACCCGCCCGCGGGCGCCGAGCCGCGCGACUACGCCGAGGUGUACCGCAACACGCGCAAGUACGUCCUCAGCGACGCCAACUCGUACUACAUGAAGGGCCCCGUCAUCUCGGCGGUCGGCGGGCCGCACGUCGGCCCCGGCAAGGCGUGGCCGAUGGCGGCGGUGAUCGCGGCCAUCACGGCGUACGACCCGAUCUCCGGCGUCGAGGACGUCGAGAAGGAAGUCGCCGAACAGCUGCGGAUGAUUCUGGACUCGACGGCGGGCACGGGGGUGCUGCACGAGAGCGUCAACAGCUGGAACCCGAACGACUGGACGCGAGCCUGGUUCGGCUGGGCCAACGGCCUGUUCGGCGAGCUGAUUUUGCGGAUCGAGGAUGAGGAGAAGAAGAAGGGGCAGGGCGGCACUGGCGGGCUUUUGGGAAGAGCUGGCAGGAUCCGCCUACGUCGAGCUAAGUGA